AUGCUGUAUACAUGCGAUGGCGAAGUUUUACCAAUGGAAUCAUGGACGUUUUCUGUUGACGAAGAAGAUCAGUUGAUGGCAUGGGCAAAUGACAUCAAAUCCCAACUAUAUCUACAAAUGAGCGUAAUGCUACGAAGCGCAAUGGUAGCAGCAAGAAUGACACCGUUGCAUAGGUACUACGUGAAAAAGCAAAGUUGUGACACCUUCGUUAUACUUUAUAAGCUGGGAGAAGGUGCGUCUGAGUUGGAUCUCGGAUCAGAAGCAAAACGAAUUGAUCUCGGCCGUUUUCCUACACCUGUUGGAGCUUUCACGCUUGAAGUUGCGUAUCGAACACAAAUGGCUAAGGAGAGAGUGUUGUCACCACCUGAAGAACACGAAUCUCCUAAUCAGGUAUACUGCUUGCGUUUACGUGUAUUUACAAACAUCUAUGUUUUUUUCUCUACAAAUUUUCUUUUCGAGCUUUACUAUAAUACAGGAUGUCCCUUAUGACA